AGUGCGCCUGCGCAGAAGACAUCCAGCGUCUCCGCGGAAGCGCCUCGCUCUUCGUCUCCGACAUGCAGAGCUCGGGCGCAGGGAUGGACCAGCAGCUGGCUCAGCUUGUGGAAGACUUGACCACCUCUGGAGAACCACAGCUGGAUCCAAAGAAGAUGAAAGCACUGAAGAACAUCUGCAGGUGUUCUGAGGAGCACAUCAACCAUAUUUACCACCUGCUGAUGUCCCAGUUAAGCCAGGAUCACGCCGAGAUCCGCCUUUCAGCCUUUCAGAUCGUGGAUCAGCUCUUCGCUCGCUCGCACCUCUUCCGAACGCUGCUUAUUUCCAACUUCCAGGAAUUCCUGGAGCUGACGGUGGAGACAGACUACGACCAGCCUCUUCCUCCACCCGCUGACGUGGCCCAAAAGCUGAAAAAAGCCGCCAUUAAGUCUGUACAGGAAUGGCAUGAAAAGUACGGCCAAGCCUACAAGAAACUCUCCUUGGGAUAUUUCUUCUUAAAACAGAACAAGAAGGUAGAUUUUCAAGAUGUCCAUGCCAGAACUUUAGCAGAACGAAAGAGAGAUGAAGAAAGGCAGAAACGAUUGGAUAAUAUUUACAAGGAUAAAGCCCAAAAAGCGGAAAAGGAAAUGAAAGAUGCGUCUCCCGAAAUCCAGUCUGUGCUGACGGAGCUGGAGAGUUGUUUUCAGCUGCUGGUUCCAGAUCCUUUGGGCUUCGCCACGCAGGAGAUUGAAACCUCGGAUUGGAGGAGAGGCCAAACAAGCCCCCGGUCUUUGGUGCAGGUUGCAAACCAGCAAGGAGCCUUCAGGGAUCAGGAUCAACAGCCUUGUUGCAGCAAGGACCUCCCGGCUGUUUCUCCAGGGCCAAAAACUGAUCGCCGAGACUCCGAUGGGGAGACGGAGAAGGACCACGGCCCAGAAGAUCCCUUAAAGCCCACAUCGACUUCUCCCGGCGUUAUGGGAGACGAAGAUCCCACAAUGUUUCUUCGGAGCCACGGGCUCGGUUCUUACAAAUACACCCUCAGUCUUGAAGUCUCUCCAGAUGUGAAACUGAGCGAGAAUGAAGACAACGCAGCCAUCAUAAAUAACCUUUCAGAUAGUUUCAAGCUCAUAACGAAUAAAUAUUUGCCAUUGGUGCAGUCUUGGAUUCAGUUGUUCACCAGGGCUGGGAUAAGCGACGAUCGCCUGAGACAAGCCAUUGACCUUAAAAAUAGAUUGGAGGCGGCUUUGGAGAAGACUAAAAAGAUGAACAUUGAUUUUAAAGAGAAGAAAAAACGGAUGAGAAGUCAGGAUGAGGAGGAGGAGGAGGAGGAAGAUGAGUUUGUGGAGGUGCCUGAGAAAGAGGGAUUCGAGCCGCACAUCCCCCAUCACCUCCGGGAAGAAUAUGGCCUGGAGCCUGUCUUGCCCACAAGGGAAAAUGUGGCAGGGGCUGGGAAGAGCAGAGCUGCCCCCAGUUCUCCCUUCUUGUCCCCAUCUGCAAGGAAGGAGGAAGAGCUGGACCCCACCUGCGCUGCGGCCACCUGGAAAAUUAUCCGAGACAAACUGCCUAGGCUGCCGACGACGGCAGAGGACGGGGAUUGCGAAGCAACAACAUCCAAUCAGGCCAACUUGGGUCAACGCGAGGAAGAGAGGGCCAAAGCCCCCCAUGUACCUUUUGGGCUGGAUCUCGCCUACUGGGGCCAGGAGCAGCCAACGUCUGGGAAAAUCCUCCGGUUUUCUUCUCAGCAUCGCUUCUGGGCACCCAGUGAGGUGGAAGAAGAAGUGGAAAACAAGGAGAUUUCGGAGAUGCUCAAAAGUCGCUACAUCACCUACGCUGGCACCUUUGAGCCCGUGAAGCACAAGUGCCGAGCCCCGAUGCCCAGCGGAGGCCUCUGCCAAAGGCAGGAUAGAUUUAAGUGCCCUUUCCAUGGGAAAAUCGUUCCUCGGGACGAGUCGGGGAAUCCCGUGAGCCAAGAGGACCGAGAGAGGGAGGCCAAGGCGCAGUUCGAGAAGAAGGAGCAGCAGCCAGAAUGGCGAGAUCCUGGCUUCAUGAGAGAAGUGGAAGCCGCCACCGGUGUCGAUCUCGGCUCUUCUCAUUUCGACCGAAAAGGAAAAGGAGGGAAAAAGAAAGCGAAGGCGAAGAAGAAAUACCCUAACCUCACAGACCUGAAACAGGAGGCGAACACAUCCCGCUCCCGAAUCGGGAAAAGGGUUUUCAACAAAAGCGCCGUAAAGCGAGUCGUCAAAGCGAUGAAUCGAAUUGACCAAAGAAAACAUGAAAAGUUUGCAAACCAGUUCAACUACGCACUGAAUUGAACGUCAUCAAGAACAAGGCUAAGAACAAUACAUAGCAGUUUCGAGUUUCUUAUACUGCGGUUUUUUUCCCAUUUUGCCAUUGUUAAGAUGGAUGGACUUCAACUCCCAGAAUUCUCAGAAACUGUGCUGGCUGGGGAAUUCUGGGAGUUGAAGUCCACCCAUCUUUAAAAAGUUGCAAAUUUGAAAAACAUCAGCCGAUAAGUACAAAAACUGGAGAGACUUCAAUUGAUUGACUGUCGCCCCCUUUUCAAAACUUCUUCCAUGGACACUCCUGUACAAUUCUGUAAUUCUACAUUGAUCAAAAGAAUCAUAUAUGUAUGUAUGCAUGUAUGUAUGUGUGUGUGUUUGUUGUAUUUGUGCUGAUAGAUAAAUAAAGGGAGA